AUGGCUGAGGAGCUGAACGAGAUGCCGGAAGUCGUCAAUCACAACGAGAGCACUUUGAUGGCCCUGUCCAAGUGAGUUUUACUUGUCGUUUUCAUAAAUUCACUUCCAUUUUCCAGUGCUCAAGCUCGUCUUCGCCGUCUGGAUCUACUCGACGCUACCCACGAAGUGCGUUCGGUGGACGGAGAGCUCAAGAGACUUCCACGUCAGAUGGAGCAAGUGAAGGAGGGGCAAGUGGAGAACAACGCCGGAGGCUUCGUAUUCCCGGUCUCCGACGAGACUCAAGUCCGUCGCUUCCUAAUUAUCGGAUCCGAUAAGGGAAGUUAUCAUCAGACUGCGGAGAAGAUCACCAUGGACAACGCCCAGGCCAUCAUCAGAAUAAUCGAGAAGGGCGACGGACACAUGGUGCUCCGUGAGCUCUCUCUGAUCAACUCGGCCAAUCGCAACCCGAAAAUGAACGCUAUGAUCUUCACACUGGCGCUCUGUGCCAAAAUCUCGACUCUCGACUUCAGCAAAAAGCAGGAAUGUCCGAUGCUCCAAGCUUAUUCGGAAUACAUCAGAGAGUUGCACUCGGCCGCUCUCAAACUCCUCCCGGAUGUCUGCCGCACUCCGUCUCAUCUGUUCGAGUUCAUUGAUUACAGUCAGACUAUCGCCCACAGCACGAGGGCAGGAGCUUCAAAGACGUCCACCGGAUGGGGCCGUUCUCUCCGCUUGGCCAUCAGCAACUGGUACAAGAGCAAGACUGUCGAGAAGUUGGCGAUGUUGCUGACCAAGUACCCACAGAGAGAGGGAUGGUCUCAUCGCGAUCUGUUCCGUCUGGCCCAUCCGAUGGUUGGCCACAAUUCUGGAUCCGAUGUGAAUCGUUUGGAGAAGGAGCAACUGUUCCGUUAUGCCGUCAAGGGAGAUUUGUUGCCGAGAAAACGGAAGAUGACUCCGGAGCAGAAGGAAGAAGCCGAGAAGACUUCCACCAAGAAGUUCACGUACACUGAGGCCCAGCUGGUACAAGAAGAGAAGAGCAGGUCCGCUUUUGACCACUCUUUGUCAGAGUAAGAACUAAUGUUUCGUUUUUCAGUGCCCUCGAUCUCGUUGAGGCUUACCUCAAGCUGAAGCAGGAGAAGAGUGAGGCCGUGAUUGUGGAGGCGAUCAAGAAGCACGGACUCGUUCGCGAGCACCUUCCGACCGACAGUCUGAACUCGAAGCUCGUCUGGCAGACGCUGUUCGACGUUCCGAUGCCGAUGACCGCGAUGAUUCGGAACUUGGCGAAGAUGACGUUGGUCGGAGCGCUCGAUCAGGAGCGUGUGGACAUCCUCGUAAAGAGACUAACCGACCAGGAGGAGCUCCGACGCGCUCGCAUCCAUCCGCUCACUCUUCUGACCGCUCGUGCCACCUAUGAACAAGGAAGAGGCGACAAGGGAAAGCUCACGUGGCAGCCGAUCAAGGAAGUGUGCGAGGCUCUCGAGGCCGGAUUUUACAAGUCCUUUGUCAACGCUGCGGCCACCGGAAAGCGCUACUGUCUGGCUCUCGACGUGUCCGGAAGCAUGGGCUGUUCCGUGAGCUCUUCGCCUCUGAAAUGUCGCGAUGCAGCCAGUGCCAUGUCUCUCAUCAACCUGCACAAUGAAGCCGAAGUGAAGUGUGUGGCUUUCUGCAACACCCUCACUGAACUGCCGUUCACCAAGGAUUGGACUAUUCGCCAGGUCAAUGACUACGUCAAAAAUCUAGAGGUAAUUUCAAUCCCAUUCUCUAAUUGCCUUCAAUCAGAUUUUAUUUCAGUUCGGCUCCACCGACUGCGGUCUUCCAAUGACGUGGGCGAUGAAAAACAAUCACAAGUUCGACGUCUUCAUCAUCUACACGGACUGCGACACGUGGGUUGGCGACGUUCACCCGUUCGAAGCGAUCAAGCAGUACCGCGAGGCUUCGGGAAUCCACGACGCCAAGGUGAUCGUGAUGGCGAUGCAGGCCUACGACUACACCAUCGCCGAUCCGUCGGACGCCGGAAUGCUCGACAUCUCCGGAUUCGACUCGGCCGUCCCGCAGAUCGUCCACGAAUUCGUUACCGGAAAGAUCUAA